AUGUCGUCUAACAAUCAACCGGACCACCCUUCUUCCUCCUCCAACGCCGGCCACAACAAGUCACCACCGCAACUUAACCGCUACGAAUCGCAGAAACGCCGCGACUGGAACACGUUUCUACAAUACCUUAGAACCCUAAAUCCACCCGUUAAAUUCUCGCAGUUUGACGACACACAUGCGCUAAGCUUCCUCAACUACUUAGACCAGUUCGGUAAAACCAAAGUCCAUCACCAAGCUUGUGUCUUCUUCGGACAACCCGAUCCACCAUCUCCUUGCACGUGUCCUCUCAAGCAAGCUUGGGGAAGCUUAGAUGCUUUGAUCGGACGGUUGAGAGCUGCUUACGAAGAACACGGUGGUGGAUCAUCCGAUCGUAACCCGUUUGGAAACGAGUCGAUCCGGAUUCAUUUAAAGAAAGUGAGAGAGUCUCAAGGUAAGGCUCGUGGAAUCCCGUUUAGGAAGAAAAACAAACGGAAGAAAACCAAAAACGACGUCGUUGCCGUCAAGAAAAAAAUUUCGAACACUUCAGGGUCAUAA